UCCGGAGCGUUUAGCCUUGUACACAGGAAGUAAAUUCAAGUCAUCCAGACAAGUGGGUUGUAAUUCGCCAGUGUAUUUGGUGUUUUGGUCAGUAAACAGUUCAUAUCACUUCGAAUUGUAAUAUAUUGCUUAUUCAAGAUGCUGAUCAAAGUAAAGACACUCACUGGAAAAGAAAUAGAGAUCGACAUUGAGCCCACAGACAAGGUGGAGCGAAUUAAAGAAAGGGUGGAAGAGAAGGAAGGAAUCCCCCCGCAGCAACAGAGACUCAUCUACAGUGGAAAACAAAUGAAUGAUGAGAAGACAGCUGCAGACUACAAGAUCCAGGGAGGCUCAGUGCUCCACCUUGUGUUGGCGCUAAGAGGCGGUUCAACGCUCCACAGUUCCUGCAUACACCUCUCCUCCUUGUCCUGAGUUGCUGUUGUUGUGGGGCCAGCUGAGUGCCAACGCUUUAGGUGUCUGUCACCGUCUAACCAUGUUUCAGCACAGAGAUCUGAAAUCCCACGCUCCCAGGCUGACGCAAACAAAAAAAAAAAAUCAACCAACAACAGCAACGUCAAAAAAAAGAGAGAAAAAGGACGUUCUAAUUUCUUUGUAGAUGUUUUUUGUAAACCCACAUUGGCUUUCUGAGUUUGACCAGCUGAUGCAGACACCCAUGCAGUACAAAAGACAGUUUGGAAACACUGUGGUCUCUUUGCUUGUGAAUAAAUGCUGAAGUUGA